AAAAUUAUGGUUAGUGAAAAACUAUAUGUAAAAGAAAAUAUGUGUUAAUUAGAACAUGUUAACGUUUUAUGAAUUUUAAUAUUUCUUUAUUCAGUUUUCAGAUAAAAACUGAAGAAAAUGUGGUGACAACUGUUUAACGUACGGUUAUUUUGUCCAAACAGUUGGCCAUAUUGAGAGAGAUACACCAUACCACAUGGGCUUCUACUCAAAGCUCGAGAAUCAGUCUCCACAGUCAACGCGGACGUCUCUCGUUAAGGUGUGUGUUUAGCUGUUUUCAAGCAUCGGUUAGUAUCGUAACAUCGGCGUACUAUGUGAACUUAGUUUAUCGAAUAAUUUACUGCUACUCACAUUAAAAUUUAGUUUUUUUCUUUUUUUUUUUUAUAAUGUAAGUUACCAAUUUUAUCAUGUUACGUUGCAUUAAAAUUAAAAUUUCUAAUAUUAGUUUUACUUAAUACUUUAUCGAAAAAACAAAAACUUAUGCUUAGCAUUAUUUUAUGAUAUAAUUUUGCUAUAGAAUAAAAACAACUCAAAUUUUUCAAUUCACAUUCCAAACGAUUGAAAAUGACAUCUCAUACAAGCUCUCUAUGUACAUUUACAACGAAACAGACCAAAAACAAAGAAUUAUGGGUAAGAGCAAUCCACCAAAUACAUAGCCAAAAAAAAAAAAAUCAACAGCUAAAUGACACACAAACAACAGAGUCAGAUUCCAACAUUACAAUAGAUACGUUUGACUGCACCGUAGACAAUAACAUAAAUAUACCACCAAAUCCAGCUGAAUACUCAGAGCCUGUAUUUAAAAAAGGAAGCGUAUACAAAGGGAUCUAUUGUCCAUCGUUAACAAACAGUUUCAGAGAGCCUAGUCUAGAACUAUCCUAUCAAAGGUAUUCACACAGACAACGACAAAAGUCUUUAAUAAUUGUCAACUUCGUCGAUAUGACAUUAAAGGCAGUUUUAGCCGGUGUAUGGUUGUUACCUUCUUAUCAAGAUUAUCCAUAUACAAAUCAACAAAGAACCUUUUGGACUUGUUUAACUAUGUUGGCAAACUUAACAGUUUGUCUACUCGGAUGGUGGAAGUGUUUCGCCAAUAACUAUCUCCAAUGGGCCGCCGUUUUCACGUGGUUCUUCAUAAAUAUUCAAGGGUUUGUUUGGGAGAGCUAUGGACAAGGUUCCAGAGAGUAUUUAGUUUGGUAUGUGCUAUUCAUAGUUUUUGUUACUUAUGCUAUGUUACCACUUCCAUUGAAAUGGUGUAUUCUUGCCGGGUGUUCUACAGCAUUAUUACAUAUACUAAUUACAAGCUAUACAAAAUCAUCAAAAGAAAAGAACGCUUUAUGCGUAGCCCGACAACUAACCGCAAUGACUCUAUUGUAUGCGGCCGUCAAUUUUGCUGGAAUGUACACUAAGUAUUUAACAGACAGAAGUCAGAGAAAAGCUUUUCUAGAAACUCAUCGAUCUACCGAAGCUCGGUUUAAAACACAAAAAGAAAACGAACAACAAGAAAAACUUUUACUUUCAGUUUUGCCAGAUUUCGUGGCAAGAGAAAUUAUUAAAGAUAUUGCUUCGGAAACAGAUAAAGGGCCAUUUAUGCCAAAUCAGUUCCAUAGGAUUUACAUUCAUCGUUAUGAAAACGUCAGUAUACUUUUCGCCGACAUUAAAGGGUUUACAGAAUGGGCGAGUCGAACAUGUGCUCAGGAGUUAGUAAGAGUUUUAAAUGACUUAUUUGCAAAUUUUGACAAAUUAGCAGCUGAAAACCAUUGUCUUCGAAUCAAACUUUUAGGUGAUUGUUAUUAUUGCGUAUCAGGUCUUCCACAAACAAGACAGGAUCAUGCAGUUUGUUGUGUAGAAAUGGGUCUACAUAUGAUAAAUGCAAUAAAAGAAGUGCGGAACAAACUGAACGUCGAUUUGAACAUGCGUAUUGGAAUUCAUUCUGGGUCAGUUCUUUGUGGUGUUCUAGGCCUUAGAAAAUGGCAAUUUGACGUGUGGUCAUAUGACGUUACUUUAGCAAAUCACUUAGAAUCUGGUGGUAUUCCUGGGCGAGUUCACAUAUCUAAAGCAACUCUAGAAUGUCUUGAAGACACUUAUGAUAUAGAACCAGGAUAUGGAGAAAACCGCGACACUUAUUUAAGGGACCAUGGUAUCGAAACUUUUUUAAUAAAAGAACAAGAGCCUUGCCGGGGAUAUAGAAAAUUUCAAAAAAUAAGUUCAUCUAGACCUCGUUUAUGGUCAGAUGAGAAAUUAAGUAUAAAUACAAAUCCACAAAAAACAAUAUCUCCUAAAUUAGAAGAAUACUUGGAUGAUAUUAAAUGCAAUGAAUGGACUCCAGAAAUUCCAUUUGAAAAUCUAAAUACAAGUGAUCAAGAGUUAGAAAAUGACAAUGGCGAGUGCGGUACUCCUAUAACGAUAGAAGGUGACGUCGAACACGCUGAAGACAUAAUGGAUCACUGUAUAGAAGUUGAAAGUAACGAAAGAAUGAGAAAUGAAAAUAUUAAGCGAUGGACUUUAAGGUUUAAACAGCCUGACAUAGAAACAAAGUUUUGUCAGUUGAGAGAAGAUAUGUUCAAAUCUAACAUGGCGUGCUGUUUUAUUAUAUGGCUACUUGUUGUAUGCUGUCAAACAAUAAUGUUACCAAGAUGUAUGAAGCUAUUAGUAGCAUUAGCCUUUACCACUGUGAUUCUUUGCGCUGCACUAACUCUAGUCAUGGCUGAAGAGUUUACUCAUUUGCCAUCUGCCUUACAAAGAAUGUCUUCAAUUCUUGUUCAAAACCGAUUUAGGCGAACAAUGUUCAUAUGUGCAGUUGUUGGACUAAUAUGUUUCUCCUCCAUACUAAGCUUAAUUUUUACACCAGAUGAGCAUAUGAUAAAGAAAAAAUCACCAAAAAGUAACUUUUAUCAAAAUAAUGAUCAGAAAUCAGGGGAAAAUGAAACGGAUGACAACAGUGACUGCGUUCAUCCUGAAUACCUAGUAUUUACCUGGGUCUUGUGUUUAAUUGCAUUAGCUACUACAUUAAAGCUUUACUUUCUAGUCAAAACGUUACUAGCUUCCAUUAUGGUGACAGUAUACACAGGGCUCACUUCUUUUGCAUACCCUCAAGUGUUCACUCAAAUCGACACUGAUCAACUAACCAUGCCUUUGUCUUCACAAAUGCUUGUACUUUUGAUCGUAUUUUUAGUGUUGGUGGCAUAUCACGCACGACUUGUGGAAGUGACUUCCCGUUUAGAUUUUUUAUGGAAACGAGAAGCCGAACGAGAAUUAACUGAGAUGCGAGAAACUCGAACUAAUAACCGACAAUUGCUGCGCAACAUACUGCCUGACCAUGUGGCACAUCAUUUUCUAUCUUCCUCUCGAAGACAUACUACGGAUGAAUUAUAUUCACAGUCAAUCGAUAAAGUCGGCGUCAUGUUCGCUAGCAUCCCAAAUUUCACUGAAUUUUAUUCAGAAGAUAUAAACAAAGGCAUGGAGUGUAUCAGAUUACUAAAUGAAAUCAUCGCCGAUUUCGACGAAUUAUUAUCGGAAACCAAAUUUGGAUAUAUUGAAAAAAUUAAAACUGUCGGUGCAAGUUACAUGGCAGCUUCCGGACUUAAUCCUAUUGCGAAGAAAGGAGAAGACGAAUAUGGUCAUCUAUGUGCAUUAGUUGACUUUGCAUUAGCUAUGAAACAGUGUUUGCAAGACGUUAAUGUCCAUUCAUUUAACAAUUUUCAGCUUAGAGUUGGCAUAAGUUGUGGCGCUCUCGUCGGUGGAGUCAUUGGAGCGCGUAAACCCGUGUACGACAUUUGGGGUAACACCGUGAACGAGGCCUCCAGGAUGGAUUCUACGGGUGCAAUGGGUCGGAUACAAGUACCUGAGAGCACAGCAAAAAUUUUAAUAGACAGGGGUUACGAAACAGAAUUUCGAGGUUCAAUAGCUGUCAAAGGUAAAGGCGAAAUGAGAACACACUUUAUAUUGGGGAAAAAAGGAGUUGUAACGAACAACUUAAAUCGACAGUCAAGUCAGAUCAGUAGCCUCGCUACAGUCGUUUAUGGAAUGGUGCAAGCUCGACGCCGACAAAAUACAGUAAAAAGACAUUUGCAUCGUGAGUUCGCUUCCACUAACAACACUAAUAAUCUGAACCAACGCGAUGGCGGGAACAACCUGACGCGCACGAAGUCGCAAUAUCAUCGAACACACCCCGGUCGGUUAGUAAACUUCAGCAGUUUUAGAGUGUCGAGCAGUCGACCUCAACAUCAUCAACGAAACCAAUCGCAAAAUUCGCAUAGCAUAGCCAGAGCGGUAGUGGUAGUUGGAGGGAGUCGGCUGUUAACGGCGACUACAUUCAACGCACCACAGCAGUCUAGCAAACCAUCAGUAAAUGGGAGCAGCAGAACUUCAGUGGUAACUAAACCAUUAUUGCCAGCAAUUGACUCUACGGCCGGUCAAAACUACAGGGCUACUCUGCGGUAUUGUAAGUCUGUGUCUCCUAUAGCCGAAAAACCUCAACAAAGCCCACCCCGAUCCGUGUCCAUGAACUUAUCCAAAACAUUGGAGGCUGUCAGAUCCGUAAAUAUAAGAUGAUCAGUUGAUGUGUUACCGGGGGUUUCAAUAGCAUUUCUUCUCUUCUUGUAAAUACAUUAUAAAAACAAAAGAGAAAACCGUAUUUGCCCAAAACCAUUGUUUUAAUUGUCUAACAAACUCCAGAUUGACAUUGUUAAUUAAUUCUAUUAUAAGAAAAUCUACAAAAAAUAUAUAUUUCGACAUAAACAAGACUUUUUAAAAAUAAUGCGUGAUGGAGUCACAUGGUAAUUUAAUUUUACGUUUGACCAAACGAGUCAUAUAAUAUUUAAACUAAUAUUGGCGUCUAUUGUCUACUUUAGUCAUACAGUUCAUACAGAGUAGAAAAUAUCUAUCUGACUACUCUUAUGCUUUUGAUACAAUUAAAAUGUCAUUGUAUUAUUUUUUUUUUUUUUUUACAAGUUUUACAAUCUUAGACUACGUUAAAAUCAUUUUAUUUAUAUUUAAUAUUAAAAAAACACAUUAAUUUUUAAUUUUCAAAAUUGCCAUUUUGUUAGAGCUCUUCUUACAAAA